GUCUUCCCUUCAACAGCAAAAAGCAUGGCGUGGUCCACAGCAACACUCGCUAAAGGCUGCUUUGGGAAAGUCUACCGGCAAAAUUACAAUGGUACCUGGGCUGCAGUGAAGAAAGUCCCCCAACAUCUCAUCGAUAGGAAAGAUUUGGAGAGAGAAUGUGAAGUUUACAACAAAGCAGAACAUCCCAACAUAGUGAAGCUUCUUGGCAACAUAACGCUCACUGACGGUAAAUGGAUUAUUCCACUGGAGUUUAUAUUUGGAGAGGAUUUGGAGACAACUAUUUUCCAGUCAGCAAAGUCCAAAAUACAGUUGACUGCAUCAACUAAAGCUACCAUCGUUAUUGGUAUGUGUGAGGGGUUGAUGCACCUCCACCUGAACGACAUCGUCCAUCAAGAUCUCAAGCCUGAAAACAUCAUGGUGGAGCAUAACACAAACAGAGCAGUCAUCAUUGACCUGGGACUGGCAAAGUUUUUCAGACAUGGCCUGAACUCAGCCAUAGACAUGGGGAACGAGGCGUACUCACCUCCAGAGGUUCUCCGGUGGCGAAGCCAGCGAAGUCAGCGUUCAGAUGUCUGGGCCAUGGGGAAGAUCAUCGCUGAGCUCUAUGCCCGGGUCCGCCUCCACACGCCCUCCGUCUGUCCUGAUAAAAUCAAGGAGACCAUGAAAGGUCAGCCCUACUGUGACACCGUGUGCAAGAUGGUGGAGCCAGACCCCAGACAGAGGGCCUCCAUGGCUAGCAUCAUAGACGAAAUUCGAGUAACUGGAAGAGCUGAAGGAGGAAGCAGUACGCCGCUUAAAAAAGACCUCCUGAAGACACCAGCAGGUGGUCAGGGCGCCAGACCCAGAACCAGAUCUGCAUCACCAUUAAGAAUGAGGGGAAAUCAGUUACCAGGAAUCAGAGAAACUAAAGGGACAGAUCUGUUUAAAUGGGAGCGGACCCCCAGACCACAAAUCAAACCUCCGCGUGCCCAAAUUGGAUUGCCCAAGACUCCCAUGACAAAGCUGGCAGAGAACAGAAACAGACAACAAGCUGCAGGCGGGGCAAACUUGUCGGCCGAUCUCAUGAAGCUGAAGUUAGACCACAAAGCCGCGAAGGACCUUCCCAACAAGUUACCGCACACGGGCCAGAUAAAGAUCCAGCGUGUUGAAAGGAAAAACGGGAAGAUUGAAACGUGGGAGCAGACUGUGGUGACUCAGGAUGGAAAGAUUAUCAAAUAUGAUGAUGUUAUGGUUAACAGCACAUAAGAUAUUUAGGCUUGAAACUGUUAUGAAUCGAUUAUUGAGAUAAUCAUAAUAGUUGAUUCAGAGGUCAAAGGUUAUUAAUCUAAAACUGCACAAAAUGAACACAUUUGUAUUUAAGACAAAAAAAAAAAAUAACAUUAUGUGUCUAAAUAUGUUCAACCCAGAACUUCAUAAAAGGCUGUUUUAGCUUCUCCCGGUUAAAAUGUAGUAAAAACAAAAGAUAAAACCAUCUAAAAUCUUCCAUUAAGCAUCAUUUGCUACACAGUUAUCAAUCGGUUAAUCAAAAGAAAGACUGUGGAUCAGGUCUGCACUGUUUUGAUCUGAAGUCGAGCAGAAAGACCUGAGAUUUUCACAUUAAUGUUGGAAGUAUCUUUUUUAGCUGUGUUUGCAUCUUUUGAUACAAAUUAUUGGAUAUUCACUAUGCAUGCUUUGUUGUUGUAUUUUAGGCAAUAAAUUAUGUUGUAUUUAAAAAUAAAUUGAAUUAUUUGUAUUU